AUAUGUUGCUGUAUGUGUGAGUGACUCGGAGUGUGCAUAUGAAUGGCCUUCCCAUAUGUGUAUGUGACGAGCAACCUUUAAAUCAAGUGUAUAAAUUUUGACUAGAUUUGGCGACCUUUGCAUAGUCGAUGACCUUCGGUAGCUAGAUUGAGUGCCAAUUGUAUUUGGGCAAGUGGACAAACGCUGCAUGUAAGGUCAUGGUUGGUAAAGAUGUCUGACUUGCAGGUGGAUUCAGACGGUAACAUGUGUAUUGAUGCAGUAAAGUGUUGCAUAUGAGUUGGGCGAGAAUGUGUGGUAUAGGAUGCUCGUACGAUAGAUUGCAAUAAUAACGAGGGUGUGUGUGUGUCAUGUUUGAUGUUACGUGAUCAUACGCGCGGAUGGAGCUGCGCUUUCUGUUUCUUCACUGGGUCGGUGAUGAGCGGUGAGAGGUCCCGGCUGAAAUUUGUCUGGCAGUUGAUAGGGUAUGAUGAUGGUGAUGAGCUGCUCUGCGAAGCAUUGAUUGAAACAGACCCGACGGUGACUAAUAUCUUCCAAUCGAAUGUGCAAAUAUCUCACGGAGAAGUGUUCCGAAAGUUGAAGAAAAGAAAACGAGUGAAUACCUAGUUAUUAUUCCGCGGCGGUUUGUCGUACUAUUAACCCGAGUGAGUGAGUAAUAGCCGAUUGAAAUCGUUGAUUUGUGAUUUGUGUGCUUCUCAGCAAGUGUGAAUCAAAAAGCCUUCAAAAUUGCCCCGAAAACAUCGUUCCGAAUGCAUUUGCCCAGCGGUGGACCCACGGCAAUUAUUCCACCGAUCAGUAACAACGAAGCCAACGUGACGCCGACGGCUUCCACCGAGUGGGACAUCUACAAGGACGAAGAAAUGCUGGAACCGCCGGCUGGGGCCAACAACAAUGCUGAGAAUAGUUCACCAAGUCCCGGGGGAUCCGGUGACCUUUGGUGGAUCGAACGGAUGGUCAUGGAAGCGCAACAAGAGUACCCGGGGGAAUUGGUGCGAACCGGUAGUCCGUAUUUUCUCUGCUCCGCCCUACCCAACCACUGGCGAUCCAACAAGACGCUACCGAGCGCCUUUAAGGUGGUCUCCCUGGGCGAUGUCUGCGACGGGACGAUGGUAACCAUCCGUGCCGGCAAUGACGAAAACUUCUGCGGUGAACUGCGGAAUUGCACAGCUGUGAUGAGGAACCAAGUGGCGAAAUUCAACGAUCUCAGAUUCGUGGGCCGCAGCGGGCGAGGUAAGUUUGCUAUCAAAGUAAAACCUUUAUUCACAUACUUCGUCAAUUGAAUCAGUUCGUAUAAU